AAACAAAGAACAAAGAACAAAAAAGAAAAGAAAAAACCAUUCAUACGCUACUCUUUCUUCAAGGUUUCUUCCCAGAAAAUUCUCUUCCACCUCUUCAAUUUCACCUUUUUUUUUUUUCUCUAUCUAAAAAGUAAACCAAUCAAACAAACUUCAAACCGUUUUCCUCUUCAUUGUUUCAUACUUAGAUCGGGAGCAGUUGAAACCCACCAAUCGGAAGAACAUGGGUCAAGCUUUUCGCAAGCUCUUCGACUCAUUUUUCGGCAACUCUGAGAUGCGGGUUGUCAUGCUUGGCUUGGAUGCAGCGGGCAAGACAACUAUAUUGUACAAGCUGCACAUUGGGGAAGUCUUAUCUACGGUUCCUACAAUUGGUUUCAAUGUGGAGAAAGUCCAGUAUAAAAAUGUUGUGUUCACUGUAUGGGAUGUAGGAGGACAAGAGAAAUUGAGGCCGUUGUGGAGGCACUACUUCAAUAACACAGAUGGACUGAUUUAUGUGGUGGACUCCUUGGACCGAGAGAGAAUUGUAAAGGCAAAAACAGAAUUUCAGGCCAUCAUUAACGAUCCAUUUAUGCUGAACAGUGUCAUAUUGGUCUUUGCGAAUAAGCAGGAUAUGAAAGGAGCCAUGACGCCAAUGGAAGUAUGUCAAGGGCUUGGUUUAUUUGAUCUCAAACACAGAAAAUGGCAUAUACAAGGAACAUGUGCUCUCAGAGGAGAUGGACUUUACGAGGGUUUAGACUGGUUAGCUGGAACUCUCAAGGAGAUGAGAGCUGCUGGAUAUUCUUCAGUAGGAACAUCAUUUUAAAGAGAUACGAAAGGUCCAGGUUGGCUGGUCGAAAGCUAACUCCACUUCACUUUGCAGAUCCCAAAUUGUAAUCAGAAUGUCUUGUUUCCCUUAUCAAACUUGAAAUUAUCAGGUGCCUACUCUUUGGCCUUGACCUUGCGAACGUUAACUGGCUAGAUUGUAAUAUAUAUCCAUAUAUAUAAAAUCCAAAGUGGAGGUCUGCCCCUAAUUAAAAUAUCUUCUUUAGAAGCUUUUGCACAUAAUUUCCUCUCUCCUUCCUUCCAUCUCUCUUUACAUUCGUAUAUUAUUUUGAGAUGCUGGGAAAAAUGUCAGAUGAUAGAAAAGGAGCGUUCAAGUCAACAGUUUUGUUUCGACUCCUUUUUUGAAUUGUCGAUGUAUAGCCCUGGUUGGAUGCGGAGAGAACUAUUUUCUUUUUCUUGUAGGGUUGGUUUCAGACCAUUGAUUUUUUAUAUGAUAAUUGGUACCUUAUGCACACAAUUAUAUAACUCUUAGUA